UUUAUCUGGACUCCAACAAUUUAACUUCUAUUGUGCCCUCAAGCUUGUGGAGAGUUGGGGAUAUAUUGGAGCUCAAUUGGUCCAAAAAUUCUUUUAGCAGUUCUUUGUCCUCAGAAAUUGGAAAUUUGAAGGAGCUAAUCAUGAUGGACCUAUCUGUUAAUGACUUUUAUGGAGAUAUCCCUACAGCCAUAGGAGUACUAGAGAAGUUACAGACACUAUCCUUGAAACAUAACAGGAUACAAGGAUUUAUUCCGGAUUCCAUGAAGAAUAUGUUGGAGUUACAGUAUUUGGACUUCUCAUUUAACAAUUUGGCUGGUGAAAUUCCCAAGUCACUGGAAGCACUCUCAAAUCUUGUAUACUUUAAUGUGUCUUUCAACAGACUCAGAGGACCAAUUCCACAUGGAGGAAAAUUUGCCAACUUUACAGAACUAUUUUUCUCUCAAAUGAAGCUUUGUGUGAUGCUUCUUGGCUCCAACCUUGUCAAACUUUUGAACAUAGAUCAAAGAAAAAGAUUUUCUUGCCUGUAUUGUUGGCACUUGGAUCAGCAAUCUUAGCCAUGGUCAUUUCAUUUUUGGUGAUAAGAAAGUUGAGAAGAAAAAUUGUGAUUCCAACUAAUUUUGAUCCAGAAGCAACACUUGAAAGGGUAUCCUAUCAUGAACUUAGACAGAUGACAAAUGGGUUCAAUGAUGAUAUGGUACUUGGCUCGGGAGCCUUUGGCUCAGUUUACAAGGGAGUACGUGAAAAUGGGACGAUUUGGGCUAUAAAGGUUUUCAAUUUGCAGCUAGAAGGUGCAUUUAAAAGCUUUGAUAUAGAAUCUGAAGUCCUACGUAGUCUUCGUCAUCGUAAUCUGACUAAAGUUAUCAGUGCUUGCUCUAACCCUGACUUUAAAGCUUUAGUACUUGAAUACAUGCCUAAUAGAAGUCUAGACAAAUGGCUUUAUUCAGGCAACCAAAUCUUGCAUACCAUGCAAAGGUUGGACAUUAUGAUAGAUGUGGCUUGUGGUUUAGAAUAUCUUCACUAUGGUUAUUCAACUCCUGUAGUCCACUGUGAUUUGAAGCCUAGCAACAUUCUUCUUGAUCAAUAUAUGGUUGGCCAUGUUUGCGAUUUUGGAAUCACGAAAUUAUUGGGAGAUGGAGAAAGUGUGGUACAAACAAAGACCCUCGCUACAAUUGGAUAUAUUGCCCCAGAGUAUGGACUAGAAGGAUUGGUUUCAACAAGUUAUGAUGUAUAUAGCUUUGGGGUUAUACUGAUGGAGACAUUUACAAAGAGGGGGCCCAAGGAUGAGAUGUUUACUGAAGAACUAAGCCUGCAGAGAUGGGUAAAAGAAUCCUUACCAGAUUCCGUGAUUCAGGUUAUAGAUGUGGACUUAGUUCAUCUUGAAGAUGAAGUAGUCAAGAAUAAGAUAGCGUGCAUAUCAUCUAUCUUGCAACUUGCUUUAUGUUGUACACCAGACGCUCCUAAGGACAGAAUGAGCAUGAAAGAUGUCCUAAGAACACUCCAGAAGAUCAAACUUCAAUUCUCCGAGGGGCUCAAACCUUGAAGCAGUGGCAUACUGUGUAAUUGUGGUCAAUUCUUUCAUUCGACUUGGUGCACCUACCAAAUGCUUCAAGUUCAAGACAAGAGUGAGAUUUUUUCCCCCCUCAAAAGGGAUGUCAUUUUCUGUAUUUCCUGAUGCAGCAUUGCUGAUUCAGGUAGCUUUUUAACAAUGGUUUAUUUGCAAUGUCCUCAACAAUUUGUAUUUUCCUCCAAAGAAUACGUUGGUGGUUAAUUGUCUACAUAGUUAUCCCA